CUUGUGGGUCUGAGGAGCUGUCACAGAGAGAGAGAGAGAGAGAGAGAGAGAGAGGGAGGGAGAGCGAGCGAGCGAGCGAGCGAGAGAGGUUAGGAGCGCAGGAGAACGCUUCUCUUCUCCAGAUGGUGUUUUAAACGCAGACAGAAGGGUCAUUAGACAACACACCAGCUUCCAACCACUGACAACAACAAAAAUAAACCAAAACGCGAGAUGGUGCAGAGCGAAACAACGCAGAAUGUGUAACAUCAGUUAGCUGGGACGCGAAUGAUGUUUUUAAUGGACCGUUUUUUCGCGUUCAGUGUGGAGGGAGUUCGCGACGAACAGUUGGAGUAUUAACGGGGAGAUCUCCGAAACACUCCCUAUCUGAAUCAUUUCUGUAAACGAGGACUUUCGGGAUUUACAAGAGACAAUAUUCACUACACUUCUACUUGGAAACAUGGAGCAUCAGUGGCAAUAUUAAAAACAUCUUCUAUCUUACAGGAGGGAUCACGGACAUCUACUGUGGAAUACGAUAUAUAUAAAAAAACCCACCAAGAACGCGAGAUCUGAAUUGGAGGACUUUGCGAUUUUUUUUGUGUUUUGAGAAAUCCAAGCGAACUUUUUUUCGCCCUGUGCAUUUUUACUAAGAAAUUUGUUAACACGUUUCAAGAUUUCGACAUUUUAAAGGAACGUAAUACCAAAGUCUCACUACUUUAAUACUAAAGCUCCGCUGUCUUCUAGCUUUGUAUGAAAUAUUUUCGAUUUCUUGCAAUUGAAUUACCUCAUUAUUUAUUACUAUAACGAAAAGUCAACAUCGCGUGCAAUCCAAAGGAGUUCAGAACUCUCUCUCUCAGACACUCUUUGAUAAAACGGCAUAUGUACGAUUUGUAUUCAUUUUGGAAAGUUCUCACCUUUUCCCAGUGAUAAUCGAGGCGUAAUCUCCGUUUAUUUCUGUUUUUUAUUUUUCGCGUGGAUUAUUUUUUUUGGCUGCAAAUACCUCAGUUUGACUUCGACCUUCAAAAGUAGCACAGGACAGAAGGCUGGAACGAUGCCAGAUUCACCUGCUGAUGUCAAAACCCAGCCCAGGUCAACUCCGCCCACAAUGCCACCUCCACCCCCUGCUGUCAGCCAGGCAGCCAAUCGCAAUGCAUCAUUCACACCCACAACAAUGCUGAACGGGAGCAGUCAUUCCCCCACGGCGCUAAACGGAGCUCCCUCAACCCCCAACGGCUUCAGCAAUGGACCGGCCACCUCCUCUACCGCCUCUCUGCCCACCCAGCAGCUUCCCCCUGCUUGCGGAGCCCGGCAACUCUGUAAGCUUAAGCGCUUUCUCACCACACUGCAGCAGUUUGGCAAUGACAUCUCGCCCGAGAUUGGAGAACGUGUACGCAGCCUGGUGCUGGGACUAGUGAACUCAACUCUAACCAUUGAAGAGUUCCACUCCAAACUUCAGGAAGCCACAAACUUUCCCCUGCGCCCCUUUGUCAUUCCAUUUCUCAAGGCUAACUUGCCCCUCCUGCAGAGGGAGCUGCUUCACUGUGCUCGGAUGGCUAAGCAGACCCCAGCUCAGUAUCUGGCCCAGCAUGAACAGCUGCUGCUGGAUGCCAACGCCAGCUCUCCCCUGGACUCCUCCGAGAUCAUGCUGGAACUCAACGAGCAUGGCAAGAGACGUACCCCGGACAGGACCAAAGAGAGUGCAGGGGACAGGGAUGGAUUGCACCCGGAGCACCUUGCCAAACGUCCAUGCACAGUGAGCCCCAGUCAGCGCUUCAGCCCCAGCAGUGGUUUACCUGCUCACCCUCCCCCCAACGGCCUACCGACGCAUCCACCCAAUGGCCUUCCACAUCCUAACCCUCCUGCCCCACAGCAUUACCGCUUGGAAGACAUGGCACUCGCCCACCACUACAGAGACGCUUACAGACAUGCAGAGCACAGGGACGUCCGGGAUCGCCACCGCCAAACAGCCGUGCAUGGAGCACGUCAAGAGGAAGUGAUUGAUCAUCGGCUGACAGACCGCGAGUGGGCUGAGGAAUGGAAGCACCUCGAUAACUUGUUGAACUGUAUCAUGGAUAUGGUGGAGAAGACGCGACGUUCCCUCACCGUGCUGCGGCGCUGCCAGGAGGCGGACCGCGAGGAGAUGAACCACUGGAUCCGUCGCUAUAGCGACGUGGAGGAUAUGAAAAAAGGUGGGAGCUCCGCCCAGCGGCCUCCUCCUCUUCCUCCCCACCACAACUCCUCCUCCUCCAACACUCCUAACAGCAGCGACACACAGCCGCUAGAAAUCCACAGAGACUUUCUGCACCGGCCCCCAUCAGGCUACCUGCCCGAGGAGAUCUGGCGAAAGGCUGGUGCUACAAGUAUCCCGCUCUCGCCAGCAUUAAAGCAACUUCAGAACAAACAGGAGGAGGCAGUAAAUGAAGUGAAGAGACAGGCCAUGUCAGAGCUGCAGAAGGCGGUGUCGGAUGCUGAGAGGAAAGCUCACGAGAUGAUUUCUGCUGAGCGCUCCAAGAUGGAGAGAGCCCUGGCCGAGGCUAAAAGACAGGCAUCUGAGGAUGCGCUGACUGUCAUUAACCAGCAGGAGGACUCCAGUGAAAGCUGCUGGAACUGCGGUCGCAAGGCUAGCGAGACAUGCAGCGGAUGCAACACAGCGCGCUACUGUGGCUCCUUCUGCCAGCACAAGGACUGGGAGAAGCACCAUCACGUAUGUGGUCAGGGCCUGCCCGGGAGUAGCAGCGUGCCACUCGGGGCACCAUCUACCACCUCCAUCUCCUCUUCAUCCAGCGCCCCCCCCACACACUCUGAGAGCACCCCUCCAGGACCCCUUUCCCUGGUUGGGCAAACCAGCAGCAGCGGCAGUCCUAAGGAAGCGAGCUCCAGCAGCGUUUCUCGCUCAACCACUCCAGCAACACCCGCCCUGAUGGAUUCCUCAUCUCGCUGACUGAUGAACCCCAAAUCUUAACCCCUGCCCAGCCACGUCUACUGCUGCUACAGCAUCCUUCAUCCAAAACAAGCUGAGGAACCUCCACCAUACUUACCCAACCUCUUACAAUGAACUACGGCAACCUGGCUUCCACAUCUACAUUAAGCUCUUGUUUUGUCAGUCUCCAAAACACCCAUCAAGGCUCAGAAUCCUUCACAAAAGGAUCUACUGUGUUUAAUUCAACACGAGCAGGGUCUGUUCUACUGGAUACCACCAAGAAAGCCAGGAAAACACGUAUAGUUACAUGUUACAUGUUCUAUUCAUGUAUAAGACAAUUUUUAGGCAUGGCCUCAGUUACCUACACCCUUUAAGUGAGGUGUGCUCUGUGUGAAUUGGGGUGGGACUAAAUAUACUGUGUGUAGGUUGGAUUCCUCUAACAUGGCAAGCAGCCGCCACUGCGGGAUGUCAACAAUGGAGCACGUUGCCUCUCGGAAAAGCUUCCACCACAGAGCUACUUCCUCACAACAUGACACACUGCAUUUCAUUUUUUGGCUUUAAUUAAAAGAAAAGAAAAGUCCAAAAAUCCAAAAGAAAUAAUGAUGAUGAUAAUAAGAAGAAUAAAACCUGUUAACUACCUUGCUAGCGAGCCAAGAAAAUCUACACCAGACUCACCUCUCUGUACUGACGUGAACCCAAAUGAAUUUUAAGUGAAAAAAAAGAACAUGAUCCAAACCUUUUUAUUACACUGCCAAAGUUACUAAGAAGCACUCAUCUUGUAACCAAACGCAAACAACUUCACCUCCUCAGCAGUAAAGCCAGCCCAGAGUUCCACAGUCUGUGGAGAGGUGGCAUGGUGACCAGACACUCAAACCUUCACUGUGCCCACUGUGCUGCCCACUCAGAUCCUAAGGAAUGCCGACUUGCACCUGGGAUGUUUAAAGCACGUCACCCAGUCCGCCGCAAAGAAAAAUGACAUGGAAACGAAAGAGAAGGCGAGGAUGAGUAAACAAAAAGAGACAGGUUGGCCUCAAAAGGAAAGACGAACGGCAACGGAACUGCCAAAAACCUCAUUGGAUUGUACACUAAGAACAAGCCUUUUCUUCGGAAACACUUUCGUUUGGUUUCCUAAAGCUCUCUGAAUGCUGAGACAUUUCAUUUUGUUGUACGAUUUCAUUCUCCCUCGUUUUCCAAAGCAUGACAAGACUGUAGAGUCUCACGAGACUGGCGUAGACUUGGUUCUCUUUUCUCUCGCUCUUUCUACCUCCCCCCAUCUUCUAUAUGUUCAUCCCUUUUGUCUCCUGACAGAACCUCUAAGCAGAUAUCCACGAAGGGAUCAAACAUUGCUUGUAGAUAUUACUUUCUGUUUCUGGAUGUCUCUGUCUUCAAUAUCUGCUCGUGUGCGUACUCAGAGCGAGGAACGCAUUCUUUCUUUGUCUUCUUUUAGGUUUCAGCUGAACAUUGGACAGAAAAAGACACUCUAAUGGGAGAGAAGCUGUGUUGUACCUAUUGUUCGAUUUGUUGUAUCAAUAUUGAUGAUGAGAAUCCUCAUGUAGAAUAUUUUAUAUUGCUCGCAUUGUAAGACAGUGAGAGAACGGAGGUGCAAUACGAAAAGAGAAUUCAGCUACUGAAUGGAACCUCAGAAACGGCCCUUAGGGUAUCUUAUAAUAUAAAUAUACAUAUAAAUAUAUCUAAAAUUACCACAGUAAAUUAAUGUGAAUGUACAUAGUAUUUAAAAAGAGGUCCAAAAAUGAGUUUGCCAAAUAACAGAAACCUUUAAAGUAUAAUGUCUAGAAUUUAAUUUCUCUCCAUUUAAACUUUUCUGUCUGAAUAAUCAUUUUACAACGUCUGUUGUAGCAGUGGAGGAGGAAGAGGUGUUUCGCAUCACCACUCGUGUUGAUUACUGCCAGAGGACUCACAGACACGUCGGGCGAGACGUUUUUGUAGCCAUAAGCGUGUCGAAGCAAACGGCAUCACUUUAACGACACGCCAAACCACAAUAGACUGACCUAGCUCGCCCCGCUGAGAAGUUCCCAGACUGGCAUUUGGGAGGGAAGCCGCUAGAAUCUGUGUGAAACAUUGCCAUCCUUUGGGCCAAAGUGUCACUGCAGUGGUCCAAUGUGUCAUUUGCACACACAAACACACAAGCAUGCACAUAACCAAACCUUCGAUUAUCCAUAGUCUUCAUAGUGUCUGACACUCACUAUCAAUCAAGCAAACACUAUCUGGUUCUCAUCCGGUUACACAGUUUUUACUUUGGACAACAGGUUGUGAUCCAACAUAGUAGCAAACAUAACCCGUAUUAAAUGCAGUCUGGAUAAUAUCCAUAGAAGUUGCUGUGUGCACCGGGCAAGCUCUGCUGAUCCCAAAAUUCAUGUUCCUCAAGGAUUGUUUGUGACGACAGAUCCUCAGAGUAAAAAUACUUUGCAUUUUGCCACCGGCUUACACUUGCAGCCCUGUUUACAGCCUUCUUUUUGGUCAGUUAUAAUUUUCUGCAGUCUAACCGAAACACCAAUUUUCCUGAUUACGUGGCGUACCUCUGAUACGGACCAAACUUGAAAGGCCUGUUUGUUGCUCAUUCUAUUUUGGUGUUGCUUUAGGCGUGAGCUGGGUUGAUGGUUUAAUUUUUCACAUUAUUUCUAAAUUAAUAUAUGAACUCAUCCAGAAAAUAUCAACAACACAUAAUCCCAAACCAGUGAAUUACUGGAACACCAGUCUCUCUCUUUCUCUCUCUCUCUCUCUCUCCCUUCAUUUUAAGGAGGAUUUUUCAUGAACCACCCUCUCUUUCCUUACUAGCUACCUCCUGUGAACAAAUCCAAGACAGUUCGAAUGAAUGAAACCACUAGCAGACAUGCAAAUCUAUCAUCCUGUCGAAGCUAAACAAGACAUUUCUGCAUAGAAACUAAAGAAAAAAAAAGAUAUGUAUGUUUCGUCCACAUUUUCAUGUCUACACAAGUGUUGGGCCAACAAAGUCCUGUUUUCUUUCAUGGGCUGUUAUACAACAAAUUAAGCCAAAAUCACACUCUACAGAAGUACGUAGCGAUGCAAAAGCAUGCACUCUUGUGUUACUGCAGCAGUAACAAACCUCAGUUCUCAAGGGUGUGAUAGAGUUUCUUUCAAACGUCUGUGUCAUUAAACUGGAUGUGUUAUUAUUCAGGUAGCUAAACGUCAACAGUUGAAACCUUUUAAUAACUUGCACAGCAAAUUUAGUUUACCUGACUGUAGAAGAGUACUGACUGUAGAAAAAAAGUGUUUACAUUCAUGCCUGCUAUAGCGCCCCCUGUGGCAAGUCUUAGAAUUGUUGCAUCAUGAACUUUGUUCUGACACAUGCAGAAAGCAACGCUGAGUGAAAUUGAGCCCACAUAGUUGUACUUGCUUAGAAUGUUUUGAGCCUGACCAUUAAACAUAUCUCAUAAAUAUCCAAAACGAUAAAAGCACAGACCAAAGCAUAACUGCACAUCCAUAGAAACUGUUUGGACAUUGCAUCGCCUAAAAAUGGCAGCCUGAAUGUGGGUGAGCUACUAUGCCCAUAAACCAAAGUGUACAAAAUGACCAUGUUAAAAGCACAAGAUGACAGUAAACACAUCAAGGGAAGAAAUCAGUACUAUAAUUCCAAGCCAGGGGAGUGCUUGUUCCUGGCAUCCAAAGCAUCAGAUAAGCUUACAAAUGCUUCUAACAUUUAAACCAACCCUGUGCAAAGAUUUCAUUAUGGGAAUGCAUGAGUAUGAGUGAGAGAGUGAAAAAAAUGAGUGUGAGAUACUUUCUAUUAAUGAUUUUGCUAAGGAACUUACUUGAAUCUCAAGAGCUUUAAAAUAACACCAUUGGCAAAGUUAUGGUAGAGAACUUCCAUAAACUCAUUUUUUGCAUGUCUGCUAGUCCAGAACUCAUAAUAUAUCUUUGCAAUAUUUUUGGCCAUUCUGUUCCUAACCAAAAUCGAACCAAAAACAAGAAAAUGCAAAUGCAUCUUCCACUAUGUACUGUAAUUCCGCUGUUAUCAGGCCAUCAUUCUCAAUGCAAAUUUGUUGAUCCUUAGAUUUGGUCAGCGUUUGGCCUUGUCAGUGAACCCAAGCUGGGCAGCUGCUCUGUUCAAAGAUUGACAUUGGGAAAGAGAGAGAGAGAGAGAAACUACAUCCUACACAUUAAGCGAAUAUAUUCUUGAGGUAAAAUAGAUGCUGAAGGUUAACUAGUCAUCAGCUUGGUUUAAGUUAUGACCUCUUUAUCUUGGCAUCCCAAAAGCCCUCCUGAAAAAAAACAAAACAGCUUAAAACAGCCUAAGGUCACCAAGCUGGUUUCUGGCUGGGAGUGUAGCAAGACUAGCAAGACUAGCAAAACCAGCUUAUACCAGCUCAGACAAGACCAGCAAACCAUUUUAGGCUGGUUAAAGCAUUUUUUUUUUUUACCAGUUAUCCCUGCACAUCAUUAAUAUUGUUCAGCAACAUUUUCUGUGACUCCAUCCACAAAGGCUAACAGAAGAAAACACUGUAAAAUGCAAACCUUUUAACAGUGAACACACAAGGCUGUAGUAGAAACCUUACACUACUGUAGAACUGAACAUUGCUCUGACUAGCAGAGUGGGCCGGGCAUUGAACACGCACACGAUAAAUGGCAUAACAGCAAGAUACAUAUUUCUGUACUAACAAAGGCUUGGUUUGAUACAUUUAGGCAAACAUGAUAUACUGUAUUGUGCAAUACAUCAUUACAGGAAAAGGCAUUGUUUCAAUAGAAAAGGUUGGUGUGUUAAAGAAAAUGUUUUUUUUUUUUUAUCUCUUUCAAGGUCCUGUUAUCAUUCUCUAGACGAUGUGAACUGUGCCAGGAGAGUUUUAUUUAUUUCUUGCAUGCUCUUUUCCCCCCUUUUGCAAUUCCCUCACCCUCUCUUACUGUGCGCUUUGUUGGACAUGUGACGCUGUAAACAUUCUAAAUCAGGUUAUUGUCUGUGUUGAGAUACGUAUCUGUGUAAUUAAAAAGACAGUGAAAUAUGA